UUCUUUAUUUUUUAUUUACAUCAUUUUAUUUGUUUGCAUACAUUUUAUUAAUUGAUUGAACGAUUUCAGGCCAUUUUCUUUUGAUACAUGUUUUUGAUAAAAGGGACGAUUUCAGAUUGUGAUCAUGAAUAUUUUUUAUGCAUUUAUUAACUAAAUAUUUAUUUAAUAAUUUCUGUUUGUUGUAAGUUUCUAAGAAAAAAGAAGAUCUGAGAUUGUCACAACGAUUCUUCAACAGUGUCUGUGAUUAGAAUUAAUAUAAAAACAAACCAAAAGAAGUGUAGGUGAAAGAAGGAUUUGUGGGUAACUGCGUAGGUCUGAUGAUAUUCUUCCUCCUCAUUUCAACAUUUUGCUAAGCUGACAAAAUGUUCUAGUGCGUGUCCUCUGGUGUGUUCAACCCUUGACCCUCGAGUCCAGCCCUGGUUUGUUUACUGAAGCUGUGUGUGGUGAGGGGGGGAGGGAUGAUUGUUGAACACUCUGACACAGAAAGCAAGACGUGGAAUUCUGCAUCUACUUCAAGUACACAAAUGAUUCACGACAACUGUCACUGUUCACUAUCAGUGACUCUGGAUAUUCCCUACACUCUGUGUUUCUGUCAUGUACAGUAUUCACAUCACUCUUUAUGGUAUGAAUAUCUGUAGUGAUGUAUUUACAUAUGUUGUUUUAGUAAUUAGACAUGGUAUGGCUCUGCCUGAGAAUAAGAGAAAUCAAAGACGACCAGACCUGCGCCGUACACUAUCUGUGUGCUGUUCUCUGCCUGUCGUCAUGACAACACCGUUAGCGCACCUAGCUGCCGUCCCUUAACCUGAGAUGACUUUUGGGAACUUAAUGGAAAAAAAGUAGAUUCAGUUUAAUCCCUCAACGCAUAACAAUACAUUAAGGAUUUGCUCUGACUUCUUUUCAGUCAGCGGACUCAGAAACCAUCAGUAGGAUGUUCUGAGAUAUGCAUGAACUUUGUUAGCAGUUGUAGGUCCGGCGUUCGGGGGGUUGAGAAAUUAUGCAAACAACAUAUGGAGUCAAUUACGAUCCAAAGGCAAAGCACAGCAUGCGUGGCGCAGCUUUGAGAGACUCAAACACGCCAUCAAUAACAGGAUGUUAAUGCUAGACGGAAUGCCUGCAGUCCGAGUCAAAGCAGAACCUCUGGAAUCUGAGAGAGGGUCACCCAAAGUGCACGGCUAUCCUGAUAUGGAGGCUGUGCCACUCCUACUCAGUAAAGUGAAGGCAGAACCUCCAGAAGACCUGCUUUCAUCCGAGCAGUUCCAGACCCAGACAGAGCCCGUAGACCUGUCCAUCAACAAGACAAGGACAUCAUCUCCUUCAUCCAACACCUCACCCAUUACCUCAGCCUUCUCUCCAUCUUCCUCUUCAUCAUCGUCGUCACCUUCCGUCAUCACCUCAGUCUCCUCGGGAAUGCCCUCUGUUUUGACACCCGGGCCCUUGGUGGGAUCUUCUCAUGGAGUUAGAGGCCAGCAAUUUUUGCACAUCAUCCACCCCGUCCCUCCUUCCAGCCCCAGUAAACUCCCCAGCCAGGUGCACCGUAUCCCUGUGGUGGUGCAGUCGUUGCCCCUUAUGUACACCACAGCCGUACGCUCCCCUUCAACCCUCAACUCAACCAUCAUGUUACCUCUCCUGGAUGAGGUCAAGUGCCAGGGCAAAGCACAAACAGACCCCAAUGGCCUGUCGCCAAGACAAAUCAAAAGUGACAGUGAUGAUGACGACCUGCCAAACGUGACCUUGGACAGUGUUAAUGAAACAGGAUCCACGGCGCUGUCUAUAGCACGAGCAGUCCAGGAUUCCAUGUCACCAUUCAGUAUUGAGAGCAUUCGACGGCCACAGCCACCUGAAUCUCCGGACUCCAAGAAGAGACGCAUCCACAGGUGUGACUUUGCCGGCUGUAAUAAAGUUUAUACCAAGAGCUCCCAUUUAAAGGCACACCGGAGGACACACACAGGUGAGAAGCCAUACAAGUGCACCUGGGACGGCUGCACAUGGAAGUUCGCCCGCUCGGACGAGUUGACACGGCAUUACCGUAAGCACACAGGGGUCAAACCCUUUAAGUGCGGGGACUGCGACCGAAGCUUUUCCCGCUCAGACCAUCUGGCCCUGCACCGUCGCAGACACAUGCUGGUUUGAAGCCACCCACUCGCUCACACACACGGGAGAGCUGGAUCUCCCCCAAUAGCGUUCAGCUGGGCUGGACACCGAAACGGCCAUCCCUGCCCCUGAGAAAGAACGAGAGAGAGGGUAAAAGAGCAAGCGAAGGAGGAGUAUGAUGCUUUCCCCACAUUUGCAGAGCUAAACAGGGUCCAGUCAGGGAGGGAGGAGGCUCAUCUACAGGCCUGAAACAUUGGAGUCCAGGAUGUUAAUUGUCUCGUGUCUGUGUAAAGGAUUAUUUCACUCGGACAAACGGUUUUGUUUUCUGGUUUUUCCUUUCCGAAUCAUCCGUGUGGUCUGUUUUAACAUGGCUGCUUCUCACUCAACAUCUACAAUGUGAAGAAAUGAAGAGUGGAAUGGCUUUACGUGUCGUUCUGACAGGGGAGCGUGACCGUGAAUGGUAUGCUUGCACAGUUUUUUACAUUUACCUUUUUGUGGAACAUCAAGAGCCAGAUCUGAGAAGGAUUUAGCGGAUCUUCUAAUGAUGAAGACUUUGGGCCAGUGAUUCUAGAGGUUUCCGAAGUUGCCAUUUACAGGUUAACACACCAGCGAAUGAGAUUACACAACGAACAAUUUAUCAUAGUGUUCAUUUUGGUCAUAAUAUCUUCUGUUGAUUGAUUGAAUUUGAUAAAACAUAGGUGGGCUUCUGCAGUCUACUCUCCACAUUUGUCUUAAUAUUAUCACAUUGACUCACUAAUUAGGAAAAUAUGUGUAAAUCUGGAUAAUGAGGGUCAGGUAACUCAAGGUGGAGGAGCAAUAUACUUAUUUUGAGCACCACAGGGGUGAGCUGGCCUGGUCCUCACUCAUCUACACAGUCAAAACUUUGGAUUUCUACCAGUGCCGCUUUGUUUUCUAUAUUUCAGAUACCUCUUCUAUUUAUAGUGGAUUUCUCACUGCCACAUUUUGGAGGUGUAGUCUCUCACGACUUUCUAGAAUAUGCUGAGGAAAUCUCUUGAAUGUCCUUUGUUUUCUUUUCCUUUUGUGAGAUUGCUUUUGAAUUAUGAAGCCUGAUGUCAGUUAUGGUCAGUACAACAGCACUGGUCAUUGGCUUUGUCCUUCGCUUUGUAUUUAUGAAGUGUCUUUGCAAUCAUCAGUGUGUCCAUUUGAUCAUUAUUUUGAUAAAACUUCAGUUAGUUAAUGCAUUUGGUAACAGUGAACUAACAGUGUACAUUACCAUUCAGAAGUUUGGGGUCAGUAAGAAUUUUUAAUGUUUUUGAAAAAUCUCUGAAGUUCACCAAGGCUGAAUUUAUUUGAUUAAAAAUAUUA